UGGCGUCGCUUAUAAUAAUUACUUCUGUAAUGGAUAGAUCUCCUUAUCCUCAAUCUAUGACGAGUCGAGAAACUCAACUUUACGUGUCCUUUCUUUCACAUGUAUUUCACCAUCCCAAACUACUUCCACAAUCACUCUCUCCCUUCUUUAUUGAACUCACCGUUCUCUUGCCUAAAUUAUCAGAACCAACAAAAAGCUCCCCCAGUACCUUUUCCAAGUCACCCAAAAGCCAAUUUAUUAUAGACCCCUUCAAUUCCCUUUUAGUUCUACAAUUGCUAAUUAAUACUACAAGUCCCUCCAAAAAACAAAAGAAAAAAAAAGAAAAAAGAAAAAUGGCUCUCAAUCUCCCAAACUCUUCUACUUCACACUCUAAAGACCAUUCCUUCCACCACAAACGCCUUCUCUCCUAGCAACCCCAAAUUUCCCAUUCCAUUAUCCUUCUUCUAUUUCUCCCUAUUUCAAAUUUUCACUAUCUCUACCUAUCACGAGAGAAUGGAAAAUCAUGGCACCCAAUACAACUCCACUCUAUCAUUAAUCCUUGUCGCAAUAUUCUUUAUGACAAUGGCCUCAAGCCAAUUGUCCGCCGCAAACGACGACAAAUACGUCCGACAAGCCUGCGCAGUAACGCGAUACCGCAGCCUCUGCAUUCGCUCGCUUUCUCCGUUCUCGGACGCGGCCAAGACGAGCCCGAGCCGUUGGGCCAGAGCGGGCGUCUCGGUGACGAUAACCGAAGCGAAGAGCGCCGUUCAGUACUUGAUCAAGCUCAAACGACAAGAGAACCGCGCUAGGGGAGCAAGAAACAGUGCCGCGCUCUCUGACUGCAUAGAGUGCUUCGGAAACGCCAUAGACGAGCUCCACAAGUCGCUCGGGAUUCUGAGGAACUUGAAUAGGAGAACGUUCGGGACGCAAAUGGGAGACCUCAACACGUGGUUGAGCGCCGCGCUGACGGACGCCGACACUUGCUUGGACGGUUUUGAGGGCCAAAAGGGAAGGGAAGUGAGGCGGAUUCGGAGCCGGGUUUCGAGAGCGAGUUGUGUUACGAGCAAUUCGCUUGCUCUUGCCAACAAGCUUGCCUCCACUGGUUUGAGAGCCAUUGAUAUGCCAUAAGAGAAGAUAAUAUUGGUUUGAGAUCAUAGGGUUACUUUUGGCGAAGAAAGAAACAGGGACUAAACAAUAAUUAUAUGUAUGGAUAAAUAAAUUAAGACUAGGAAAUCAUUACAUGUUCAUGUCGUUUGAGAAUUACUCGUUUAUUAUGUAUGCUUAUCUUUGUGUACUUGAAAUAUGAUGUCAUAUAAUACAGACAAUAAUAGUAUCUUCAUGUAGUUUACUGCAAUUCUGAAUUGUGGUGGCACUAUACAAAAAGAAAUGACGUGCAUUUUUAUUACUCCCUACU